AUGGAAGCCGCACCUCUGACAAGGGCUCACGCACACGCUUCGAAAGCCACCCACCAGCAGACCCUCCACAACUUCCAGCUCGCUUCGCAAGAACAUAAGGACGCUGCCGAAGAAUUCGGAAAAGCUGAGCAGGAAACCCAGGACCCUGAGGCUCUUCGAACUCUCGCUUUAUUACAACAGCACCACCGGGACCUAUCAUCUAGAUUGCUGGCAUCUACCGUCCAAACUCCUCCAACUCCUCCUCCAAACCAAACAUCAUUUUCUACCAAAGAAUCAACAAUGGCGAAACCGGUAACAACCAACGCCACUACAUUUUCCCCGCCUACGUCACCCAAGCACCGGCCUCCACCGCUGUUUGGGCCAGAAUCGAAUAGGCCGGAGUCCCCUCAGUCGGAUAAGCCUAAGAUGUUCUUCCAACCAUCUACACCGACCACUCCUAGCACUUCGGAUAACCCGUCCCAUCCGUCAGGUACGAGGAAGGUAGCGCCACCGCCAAUCCCACUACCCUCGCCUACAUCCAUCACUACUCAAACUCUCACAUACACUUCUAUGCGAGAUGGACCGGUUCUACCUUCUCCCAAUCCGUUCCAACUAGCUCAUGAACUUGCCAAUGCCAGAGGUAUCCGUUCUCCGGUUAGAGGCCGAAGUCCGGCGAAUACGGGCAAUGAUAGGAAUUUCCUGCAGGUUCGUGAGCCGGAGCCAGGUGCCCGUGCUGCUAGUGCAGGUGGGACGGUGAGGGGGACGAGUCCGGUAUUAUUGAACGCACCACCGAGGAAAGAGAGGAGAAAGUCGGCCAGUGCCACCAGUCCUGUGGUUGGGCCGAGGGAGGCUCUUCCUUUCGAUUCAUUCAAGGGCCCAGCUCUUGGCGAAGGACCUAUCAGACCUGCUGUGAAGGAGUACGAAUCUUCCUCAGCUAGGGGUACCAGUCCUAAACCGCCAAAGCUGGAUAUGGCCUUCACAAAGUUCUACAGCCAGUUUGAGGAAUAUAUUGAAGCUGUCGGGAACCCGUUAGCAUUUGCCGGGCUACCGUUGGAUGGGGAUCUGUCGAGCAUGGACCCGGCAUUGAGAAAGGCUGUAGCUGACAAAGGUGCCGCCGAGAGCUUUUAUGUCGUGCCGACAACCGGUGGUACGAUGUCGUACGCUGGGAUCCUAACACGGAACCAACAGCAACAGCAACAAAAAUCUAAUAGUGGUGAUAAGAACGAGCCGGCAGCUGUUCUUACGGUAGGACAGAAGCCAGCGGACAAGAUGAUCAGCUCGAAGACCCGAGAGGAGCUGGAGCUCGAAAACACUCAGCUGAGGCAGCUCACCGACAUGAUGGCACACAAACUACAUACAUGGGAGACCAGUGCGAAAGUGAAUGCCGCAAAGAUGCGGGAAAGCUUGCAGGUACUGAAGGAGACGAGCCACAACAGCCCGGUAGCAGAGGAAACCGAUCGUGGAUUCGGUAAACUAAGGAUGGGCGGACGCUCGCCGUUGAAGUUGGGGGGUGUUAGCACGGGCAAGACGGAAACACAGAUCUUGACUCUACCAGACCGACAGACAGAAUCGGAGUUACCUCCAACUCCAAGGUUAGCGCCUAGGACACUAACACUUCCUGGAAGAGGUGCAGCGGACGAUUAUGAGCCCCCAAAGACUCCGAGAUUCGGUGGAGGAUUCCCCAAAGAUUUUGAUGACGACAAACCGACCAAGUCGAACCGUGCUCUUUCACCGAAUCCAGCCGGGAAGGUUCGAGGUAUUUCACCCCUUCCGGGUUCCUCGAAACCGAGAGCGUUGUCGCCGGCCCCUUCGGUUCUUUCGGAGAACCCAUCGUUUGAUGAGCUUCAAGCCGAGGUUGCAAGGUUACGGCAACACGAAACCAAGAUCUUGAAGGAGAACGAUAAGCUAAAGACUGUUGUGGGGAAGUACCGAGAUCGAUGGGAGAAAUUGAAGGAAGGGGCCCGCGCUAGAAGAGCAGAGCAAGAAGACGGUGAAAGCGUCAAGUCUGAGGCCACGGAUUUCAAAAGCAAGAUUUCUGUGGACAAUUGA